AUGCCAACAGGUGGAAUACCCGAAGCAGUUUUAAAAAAGGUUAGAUAUCAUGAUUAUUGGGAGAAAUCUAUUACUCAAUGGAAAAUACAGAUACGUGGGAUCACUACUUUCAUGAAAAUGUAUGAGAUGCAACAUGACAAAUGUUACAUAAUGCUUUGA